AUGGCCUGUGGGCCGUGGCCUGUGGCCGGGGCGUCAGUGUCCCCUGUGGCCUGCUGGCGUGUCGGGUGUGGAUCGUGGGGGCUGGCCCCACGCACACGCCACGCCAGGCCUCACGUGCGCCCUUGCCCCGCAGCGGAGCUGGAGUUCGUGGAGAUCACGGUCAUCGUGGUGGUGGUGAUGGUGAUGGUGGUGGUGAUCACGUGCCUGCUGAGCCACUACAAGCUCUCCGCGCGCUCCCUCAUCGGCCGGCACAGCCAGGGCAGGCGGAGAGAGGACGCCCUCUCCUCGGAAGGAUGUCUCUGGCCCUCUGAGAGCACUGUGUCGGGCAGCGGACUCCCCGAGCCCCAGGUGUUCGGCCCGCCUCGGCCCGCCGACCGCCUGGCAGUGCCCCUGUUCGCCCAGCGGGACCGCUUCCAGCGCUUCCAGCCCACCUACCCCUACCUGCAGCACGAGAUCGACCUGCCGCCCACCAUCUCCCUGUCGGACGGGGAGGAGCCCCCCCCCUACCAGGGCCCCUGCACCCUGCAGCUGCGGGACCCCGAACAGCAGCUGGAGCUGAACCGCGAGUCGGUGCGCGCACCCCCAAACAGAACCAUCUUUGACAGCGACCUGAUGGACAGCGCCGUGCUGGGGGGCCCCCGCCCCCCCAGCAGUAACUCGGGCAUCAGCGCCACGUGCUACGGGGGCGGCGGGCGCAUGGAGGGGCCGCCGCCCACCUACAGCGAGGUCAUCGGGCACUACCCCGGGUCCUCCUCCUUCCAACACCAGCAGAGCGGCGGGCCGCCCCCCUUGCUGGAGGGGACCCGGCUGCAGCACGCACACAUCGCCCCCCCGGAGACCCCGGCCGCCUGGAGCAAAGAGAAGGACAAACAGAAAGGACACCCGCUCUAGGCCCGGCCGGCCGGCCGGCGGCCGCCGGGCGCAGA